GCGGUCAGACAGGAGGGAGAGGAAAAGCUCUGGCUGCUCGAGGACUGAAGGCGUGAUGAGUUUAUACUGAUUAAAGAGACGGACCGCGCUCUGGUCCCUGCAGGGCUGCUGCUGCUGCUGAGCAGGGCGACUCCAGCACAGUCUGCUCUCUCUCUCUCUCCGGUAAAAUGGAGUUUGGAGAGAGGAGACGGAGCAGGAAAUCACAGAGCUUUAAACUGAUCAGUGAACAAGACUAUGGACCCGUUUUUGACAGUCCAGAGCACAACGAUACAGACAGUGAACCACAGGACACCUCUGAGAAUGAAGCCUGGCUAGGUGAGGAGGGGAUGGAAAUUAAGAGGCAGAUCACAGGCAUGAUGCGGCUGUUGAAUGACAAGGCAGGGCGAGCGUAUCAGCGAGUGGAGAGAGAGGGUGAAGCCAUCAAAGAGGAACCUCAGGAAGAGGCUCUGAGCUUUGUUUUACCUCAGAACCAAACUCUUGAAGAGCCCCAGCACUACUGGAGCACCGGAGCCCCUAUGUCCCACAGCCAGUACGACACGCGCUCCAAAACCCAGAAGAUGCUUAACAACUCCAAAAGCAAAAACUUGGCUCGGCCCCCUGUGCCCACAGCCAUGCCAAACGAAUCCAGUUGCUGCAUGUGCAACUGCAAGAGCACCCUGCAGGCCAUUCUGCUGGAGUUACGCACAAUGAGAAAACUGAUGCAGACUCAGCGAGGGAACCAUGAGAAACAGUGCACUGUGGGAAACACCUGCUCCACUUAUUCCUCCCUUCCCAGGAAGAGGCCACGUAAGAGGAGGGCAGUCCUUAGAGUGACAUCUUUAACUCCACCCACAAAAACUACCACGCCCAUGUACCUGCCCCAUGUGGCUGAAUCCCUUGACGAGACUUGUCAAAAAGAAAAACCAUCGAGUGAGAUGGCCAUGCCUUCAUCUCCUACUAUACCUAACACAUCUUUCCCUAACCCCAAACCAUCAGCCCAGUAUAGUCUGAACAGAGGACAAAACUGCACAGAGCCAGAGGUGCAGUUGGCAGAGGAUUAUGAGGUGUUCAUCCCAAAGGCACAGUUGGACUCCAUCCUGCUGAACUACACGCGCUCAGGCAGUCUGCUCUUCAGGAAGCUGGUGUGUGCCUUCUUCGAUGACGCUACGCUGGCUAACUCCCUGCCCAAUGGCAAGAGGAAGAGAGGCUUGAAUGACCAUAGGAAAGGACUUGACCAGAACAUAGUGGGAGCCAUCAAAGUGUUCACCGAAAAGUACUGCACUGCUAACAGAAUUGAGAAGCUUCCUGGUCCACGAGACUGGGUCCAGAUCCUCCAAGACCAGAUCAAACUGGCUCGGCGACGCUUAAAAAGAGCAGAGACAAGUACAGACUGUGAUGAGAUCCUCAACAGGACACGUACAGAUACAACAGAAGAAUCGCAACUAACUCCUGAGAAUGGGGAAAAUGGGAUGAGCUUAAAUGGUGCUGAUUAUGUGCAAGAAAGGUGUCAAGCUGCUGAAGAAAAUGCUUAAAAUUCUUUCCUCAGCUUCAGAAAAAGUCCUUUUUUCCUCAUGGAGUUAAAACAGUUCAGAUUGUGCCAUGAACCAGUAAGGUCUACAGUAUCUUUGACUGUCUUGAUGCAAGGGCUGGACAAAUUAGAUAGAAGAAGAUGGUGAUCAGUAUGGACUGACUGAGCUUGCUCACCUAACAACAGAAACCUCCCUUACUCUCUGACUGCUCUAUAUACACUGUUGAAAAAAGUAUUUUUAUGUUUCAUUACAGACACUUCCUAUUAUGUUUGGUGGUUUAAGACUUGUGUGAAUGACAUGGAUUGUUGUUGUUUGAUAGCUAAAUAUAUGAAGUAAUGUGUAUUUGUACUUCUUUAACCUCAUUCCAAGUGCUUCAUAAAACAAAGUGGAGCUCUGAUGUUGAGAAAAUAUGAUUGUGUGCCUUUAAUUCGUUCUGCCAUACCAAGAGGGUCCUCUCCAACAGCAUUCUGAUGGACAUUUACUCCAAAGUUUAACAUAAUAUAUUGUGCCAUUUUCCACAUAGGCAGUAUUUAAUGUUAUUCUCCUUGCAUUGUAAUCAAUGUAUCAGUAUUGUAACCGUAUAAGUUGAUUAUAAUAUGUGCUAAAAUUCUCCCUGUAUAAGAGGAUAUGUCUGUGUCCCACGUCUAAGUCACAUGGAUUUUUACCUCACUCUCUAAUGGUUCUUGACUGAUUAUUGUACUGUAUGCACAGAUUGUCUAUGUUGAUUGUUUAAACUAAAAACUCUACUAAA